AUGCUCGAGCAGCAGAGAAAGCCCAUAUACAAGCUGCAUGGGACCUCUCCUUUCACUGCAGAAGUUCGACAAGCUCGGCUGCCUAAGGGAUUCCAACUAUCUGAAUCCCUAAAAUAUAAAGGUACCACUAAUCCCAUAGACUAUAUAGAAAAAUUUAAUACUAUUAUGGAAGUGGAUCAGGUACCCCAACUUGCAAAGUGUCGCAUUCUUGCGGCAACAUUGGAAGAAAAUGCCCACGACUGGUUCAGCCAAUUGUUCGAGGCAUCUAUCUCAACAUGGGAGACCUUUGUCGACCUCUUCCUCAUGAAUUUUCAAGCCACGAUGACCUAUAGGCCACCCUAUACCACUAUGGCUAAUAUCAAGCAGGAACCCGGUGAGUCUUUACAAGACUAUUUUAAGCGUUUUAAUGCUGAGGUGACAAAAGUAGAGAAGGCUCCCGAGUCUUCGCUAGUAUGUAUGUUGAUAACAGGUGUCCUACCAAGAACCGAUUUCUGGAAGGAACUGCAAGCUCGAAAGCCUGAAUCGUUGGUCGAGUUCUUCGCUAUGGCAGAGCCGCAUAAGAGGAUUGAAAAUUCUCUAGCUGAGUUAGAGAAGGGCAAAGACAAACGUAAGUCACCAGACGAAAUCGAAGAACUAAUCAGGCGAGGAAAAUUCGACAAGUACAAGAAAAAUGAGGAAGGUCAUCCACGAGCAGAUGACAAAGAAGAAAACCAAAAUGCGAGUGGUUCGAGGACUCCUCGCAAUAUCCUGACUAUUAUUGGCAGACCUCAUAUCGCAGGAGAUUCUAGGAAGUCGCAGGAACGAUAUGCAAGAGAAUCCAAGGAUAAGCCGCUCACCAAUGUGAACAACUUGAGUGAACGGCCCGAAAAACUGUUCAAAAGGGAAUGUGACGAUAUCACAUUCAUGGAAAGUGAUGCGAGGUGGGUCCAUCACCCACAUUCUGACGCACUGGUCGUCCACGCAAAUAUUGGGGGAGAUAAUGUUCACUGCAUACUUGUGGACAAUGGAAGUUCCGAUCUGCGACCUAUGGUAUCAAGUAUCUACGGUUUUACUGGAGACGUCAUCGCAUUAAAAGGAAUGAUCAAACUCCCAAUCACCUUGGGAACCGCACCUGUGGUAGCCAAGUCGAUGGCCGACUUCGCGGUAAUUGACCAACACUCGGCAUACAAUGCUGUGAUUGGUCGACCUAUCCUGAAGGAGAUGAAGAUCGUGACAUCCAUCUACCAUCUCACCAUGAAAUUCCCUACUCCCGCUGGAGUAGGAUCUGUGCGAGGAGUCCAAUCGGACUCGCGAGAAUGCUACAACACAGCAGUAAAACUUGCAGAAAAGAAGUCAGUUAACGUCAUUUACUUGCUAGAGGCAACGCCUCCUCGACAGGAAGUAUUCAGAAUAGAGGAAAUACCGCAUAAGGAUGAACCAGAUUUGGAUCCUAGAAUCCUCGACUAUGCCGCAACCGCCCAGGCCGCGGAAGACACGAUCGAGGUACCUAUUGAUCCAAUAGAUAAUAAUAAAGUAUUGAAAAUUGGUUCUAAACUAACUUUUCAACAGCGAGAAAAGCUUGUCACUUUUCUCAAGCAAAACCUGGACGUUUUCGCCUGGAAACAUUCAGACAAUGUCGGAAUAUCUCCGCAGGUCAUGUGUCACCAAUUGAACAUUGGCCCUGAAGUGCGAGGUGUCCGAUAA